UCGGCCGUCCCCGAUGGGGAGACUCAUUUGGGUUUUUAGCUUUUUAGCAGGCCAUCCGCUAGAUAAACGGGACCAAUUUCUUUACCCGCUACCCCGAUUUGUAUAUUGCAGAAUGACUGGUGAAGCUAAAUUCGAUGUUCCGAGGAGCAUCAGUGGGUUCCUCCGUGCCACAAGUUGGCGCUGCAACUAGUUGGCUAUAGAUCUAUUCCCAAGGAUGACAAACGGUCCGAUGGCCAAUCAGUGACACCCGACGAGAUCUGCACGAUCUGUUCUCGAAUUUUCGCAUGAAUUGUCCUGAUGCUUAUAAUGGGCAGUCAUCUCGUCCAACACCCCCAGGUCCCCUCUCCACUGACCAACUUUCCUCCAUGUGCCACUGGCGAAGAGUUCGCAAUACGUACAACCAGUGCAGUCAUGUUUACGACUUGGACGAUGAAAUGAUCCGAUGUGAUGACCUCUAUUGCAAAUUCAGUUCAUCCCACCCAAGCACCUGCGUGCCGCCUUCGUGCACGACGACAUGCUGGCAAUACCGCCAGUUCCCCCAACAAUUUAACCGUUUCAUAGACUCAGUUUGUCCUGCCUGUACACAGCAAAGCCAAGGCCGAUAGAGCGCUGCGUCAAGAGGCUGUAGAAGCUGUACAGUG